AGACGUCUAACGUGUUUAAAUGGACAGAAAAGCGCUGCGGUGAUUUUAACCAUAUUAAUUGUGAUGUUUUAAAGCUUCAGCUGUCAGCUCUGAGAGUCUUAUUGUCCGAGUAAAGCGCAUUUAUACACAGAAGAGCAGCACAAACGCUUAUUCUGCUCUCUGUAUCGUCAUUCAGCUCAUCAGAAACACCAAUUCAGACACUAUAAACUCCUGCUGAAGUGAAUGCAAACAUGGCGUUUAUUAAACAGGAGAGUGAAGACAUCAGGAUUGCAGACGUGUUCACACUGAAACAGGAAGAUCCUGAGAGGACUGAAGAAACAUUCAGAGUCAAACAUGAAGAUCCUGAGCAGCUAACAGACCUGAAGCCACCCAAGGUGGAGGAUCAAGAAGAGGAAGAGUUUGACUUCAUGACUAUCGUCGAGUCUAAACGUGCUGCAAAUGCUGAAACUACAAGCCACUUCUCCUGCCAGGAGUGUGGAAUGGGCUUCAGCCAAAAAAGAGACUUCAAAGACCACGUGAGAGACCACACCGAAAGACCCUACACGUGCCCUCGCUGCGGACUGAGCUUCACGUUAAAGCGCGAUCUUCAGAACCACCGCAUCACUCAGCAUUCAAUACAGCCCGUAAUAUGUGGUCAGUGUGGGAAGCACUUCAGGUCGGAAGAUAAACUUCUGUCCCACAUGAAAGCUCACACCGGAGAGCUGCCGUUCAUCUGCGGACACUGCGGGAAGGGUUUCACCAUAAAACGAAGCUAUCAGUAUCACAUGACGCUCCACAUCGAGGAGAAGUUACUGACCUGUGAUCAGUGCGGGAAGAGUUUCUCUCAUGAGAUAAGCCUGUAUCACCACAGGAGAGUCCACCUGCCCAAAAAAGGCUGUUUUCUAUGCGAGCUAUGCGGGAUGAAGUUCAAUAGGAAAGAUAGCUUGAAAGCCCACGAGAGAGUUCACAUCACAGGCAGCCCUUAUGCAUGUGUGCAGUGUGGAAGGACGUACAGGACCAAAGGUAACCUAACUCAACACGAGAAGAGGACUCACGCAAUAUAACUGUGUGACAACUCUUGAAGAGCAGAUCUCCAGACUCCAUCUUCAGAUGUUAACUACAGAGAAAACUGCACACGAUCUAUAAGAAAUGUUCAUCUAGACCAGUGGUCUCAAACUCAAUUCCUGGAGGGCCGCAGCUCUGCAUAGUUUAGUUCCAACCAGCUCCAACUCACACCUGCUUAAGAAUGUUUUAGACUCAUGAACACUUUGGUAUGAGGCAAAGGAUCUCCUGCUCCCUUCACAUUUAAAUGCUGAAUAAAACUUUAGUCAUUUUUGUUGGUGGUUUAUUCCACCGCAGAAUGAACCGCCAACUAUUCCAGCAUAUGUUUUACACAGCGGAUGUCCUUCCAGCUGCAACCCUGUACUAGGAAACACCCAUACACACUCAUUCACACAUACACUACGGCCAUUUUAGUUAAUCAAUUCCCCUAUAGCGCAUGUGUUUGGACUGUGGGGGAAACCGGAGCACCCAGAGGAAACCAACUCGGGGAGAACAUGCAAACUCCACACAGAAAUGUCGAACUAGCGACCUUCUUGGAGUGAGGCCACCACUAAGGCACCCCGGUCUACUUUUGGUAAAAGUUAUCACUGGACGUACUUGGUUAAAUAGAAGACUGUUUAUAGAGAAACGUCCAUCAGGUUUGUGUGAUUGUGAAGUGACGGGAGCAUGUCAUUCAACACUGCAUUUAUUUACUGUAAAGCAGAAUACACGAGGGUUAUUGGAGUAGUGAAUGAGUGAAGUAAACUCCAAUUUAAUUUUGUGUCAUAUGACUAAAAUGCAUUAAUUAAAAGCUUAGUGACUGGUUUAAAGAA